AUGAGCAACAUCUACGGCAUUCGGCCCUUGACCGGCAAAGUCGCCUUCGUUACCGGUGCAAACGGCAUCAGUGGCAGCGCCAUUGUCGACUAUCUGGUUAAGCAGCCAGCCAAUGAGUGGAUGGAGAUCAUCAUCACGUCGAGAAGCCCUAUCAAAACCGUCUACACCGACCCAAGGGUGCGAUUUGUUGCCAUCGACUUCCUUGGGCCGGCCGAAGCUAUCGUCGAGAAGCUCAAGGAGCUCUGCAAGGACGUGACCCAUGCUUUUUAUACCUCGUACAUCCACAACAAUGACUUUUCGCAACUGUACAAGAAGAAUGGCCCCCUUUUCCGUACCUUUAUCGAAGCGGUGGAUUUUGCAUGUCCCAAAAUGCAGCGUGUAGUGCUACAAACUGGAGGCAAGGUGAGCAGGACAUGCCGGAUCUCUCCGGUCUCAGGACAUAUGAUAAGUCUAACUGCUGGCAGCAUUAUGGGUUCCAAUUCAGGGACAUUACAACCCCCAUGUUGGAGGAUAUUCCUCGCUACGGAGGCCCAGAAAACAUCUUCUACUACGAGCAGGAAGAUGACCUUUUUGCUGUUCAAAGACGCCGCAACACCUGGAGCUACAACAUCAUCCGCCCUAUGGCCAUCAUCGGCUACAGUUGUCAAUCAUCCUAAUCUCUCCCUCAUCUCGGCAGACCUCGGAAUCAACGAAACUCUCCCACUAGCCCAAUACUUUCUGAUCUGCCGAGAGCUUGGUGACGCCCCGCGCUGGCCCGGUAAUUUACAGAGCUACCACCGCGUCGAGAAGCAGUCGUCCGCCCCGGGAAUUGCCAACCUUACUGUCUGGGCUGCCACCCAGCCCCACUGCAAGAACGAGGUCUUUAACCAUGAUGACGGGGAUGUGAUCGUCUGGAAGUUCCUUUGGCAUUUGCUAGCCAGGUACUUCCAGGUCCCGAUGGACAAGUUCGAGGCCCCUACCGAGACAACACAACCAUUUGAUCUGGCCGAGUGGGCUCAAGACAAGAAGCCUGUCUGGGAGCGCAUUGUCACCAAGUAUGGCGGCGAUCCAGAGGCGUUCCAGCUGGACGCCUUCAGGCUGAUGAACUGGUAUAUCACACCCGCGCCGAAUAUGGUUCCCUUUAUCAGUACGGUUGUCAAAGCACGUCAGUUCGGCUGGAACCACGGCGAUGAUACCUACCAGUCGUGGCUUAACACCAUGCGUGCUUACGAGAAUGCUGGUGUGCUGCCGAUUCUCCCAUAA